CAGUUGCACGCGCGUUUCCACUGUACGUGCAAUUCUGGACUCGGAUUUUUCUUCAACGAACCGGUCCCACCACUUUCGGCGAGAAGGUCUCGGUCGGUUCUUCUUUUUUCUGUCGAGGAAAGAGGGGUUGAAACAGCUGAACCACUCAACGCAGGCGAAGAAAAAUCGCCUUCAAAGACAGGAUCGUUUUUCGAGCCGACACGUGCACUCGGGAAGGUCGAUAACACGAGCGUUUUUAGUCUUUCUCCAGCGAGUAGCGGGACGGUUGUAAAUGCGGCGGCACUCUAUGUUUUUUGGAAUUCCUUUUUAUCGAAAGAAACCUCCGCUUUUGCAGACCCGAUCCCCUCUUUUGAACGGGCUUUCGCCUUCCUUUCGUGUACAGUGUACGCUUCCGACAUCCUCCUGUCUCCGGUCUUCUUUUCUCCUUUUUUCCGCUACCCUUGAAAAGCCGUCCGCGUCGUUUUUUUUCCGACGCCGUCCUUCUCUCUCUGGACGUUUUGUGAGGUUUCGUUCGCGUUUCCCUUGCUUGUCCCCUUCGAUUAUUCAACUUUCCGGUCUCUCCGGAGCACCAUUCUCUAGACGAGACACCCCCCUGUCGUCUGUGUGGCGUGUGUCGGCACCACAACAGGUUCGCACUGUGUUGUUUUCCGCGUUUCUUCCCUCUGACACGCUCACUGGGAAUGACUUCGGCUUUCUUCUUCUGGAACGCUUUUCAGAGAUGAGGGCUAGGUUUCCUUUAAAGGUUUUCUCUGUAAAAAGAGAGACAUGGAGGCUGCUCAGCUGCCCGGGGCACUGUCUCUUUUAGCGCAGGAGUCCCAUGCACUCCUCGAUUUGUGGUGUCUUUUGUGUCCGGUGAGACUCGCGCUCUUUUUGCUUUCCCUUUUUUGCGCAGAACCUUCGCCAACUCGUCCCUCGCUGUGUUUGGGCCCUUGUGUUCGUGAGUCUAACUUUUUUUAGGAGGCCUUCCUUCUCGUUCUAACGCCGCGUGUCGCCCGUACCGCUUCAUUUUCUUUCUUUUGUCUCUCUUCUCCUGUCUCCUGUCCAUCUCUCCCUUCUUCGCGACUGGAGCCUUUCAGUCUGUGACCUCUGCCAGCAUGGGGUGCGAGCCUGACUGCCCUGCAGUCUCUGGACUCGCUUCUGUGCCCCCCGUCUCGCCAACUGUCGUUUCGUCUCCUCUCGCCAAUGCAGAGAGAUCGCCUGGGCCGGUCGCUUUUUCAGGCUGUGCACCGAGCGCGCCGCCGACGAUGGAGGCCGCCGCGCGCAGCGAGGACCCCGUCGGUUCCACUCUCUCGCAGGGCGACCGCGGAGACACGUCGCCUGCUUCGCUGUCCCCCCGUUUUCUCGCCGCGCGCGGCAAAGGCGGCAAGAGCUCGAGCUUCGUCGAGGAGGCGCCUCCUGCUUCCGCGGCUCGCGCCGUCGUCCUAGGGUGUUUCUGGGGCUGUCUCCGGAAGGUCUUCUCGCGUACUCGGUGGCAUUACCUCUUCUUCAUCUCGCUCUACUCGGUGCUGAUCGGCCCGCUGUACCUGAACUGGGCGCCCCUACGCCAAGUGCUCUUCCGCAGCGGCGCAUACAGCUGGGAGUGCGACGCGGCCGAGACCGACCCGACGUCUCUGGUGUACGUCCACCCGCAGCACGACACCUGCGUCCAGCAGCGGCUGCGCGUCGGUCACUUGUUCACGGUGUGUGCGGCGGCGGACUACGGCUUCUCCUUCUUCGGAGGCCUGGUGAUGGAUGUGCUUGGCCCGAAGGUCGCCUCGCUCCUCGGCUCCUCCCUCAUGCUCUCAGGUUGGCUGUUGAUUGCUGUCUCCACGGAGGCAGUUCAAGUGCUCGUCCCCGGCUUCGUCCUCUUCGGUCUCGGGAUCGACAUGGCCUUCUACGGCACACUGUCUGUCGCCGCGCUCUUUCCUGGCCACGAGAACGCAGUCAUGGCUGUGGUUGUGGCGAUGCGAGCCCUGUCCUACAUGACCCCGGUGGUCCUCGACAGCCUCGUCGACUCGUUUCCCCACCUCGCGGUCAUGCUCGGCUUCGGCUUGCUGGGUCUCCUCCCCGCUGUCCUCAUCGCACUCGUCUACGCGCCCUGGAAACCUUUUCCAAAGGCUUCCAAAGUCCCCGCCGCUCCACACGGAGACACGCCCUUCGGAGACUCCCCACACAGAGACGCGUCUCUGUCCGCCUUGGGCAGGUCCUCCUCCGACCUCGCGAGUUUCUCCAUUCGCCGCAGCUCCGCGGGGGUCUGCUGCGCGUCCUGCGGGCGGCCGCUGGCGCCGGAGACCGAGUCUCUGCCACCAGAGAGACUUCACGAGGAAGAGAGUUUCUCAGCCGCGAACCGCGUCUGCGCCACGGAGACUGGCUCGGUGGGGUCUCCCUACAUCGGGGCGCGUCGGGGACUCAGCGGACACUCUGCAGGCCAGUUGGCCCUGCGGUGUCGGGCAUGCAGGGGCAGUGAGGGAUUCCCGGAGGGCGGCUUGGUCGGAGAGCUCUCUGCAGACUUGAGCGACGAACAGAGACUCCUCGAGCAGCAUCUGGGUCAGUUCGCAGGUCGCGGCGCGGCAGCAGAGGGCGCGCUCGCCGCCGCCGCCGUCGCCGUCCGGCUUAUAAGCGGAGAGUCCUCGCUCGUGGGGCCGCCAGCGGUGCUCGGAGAAAGCCGCGAAGACCGCGAGGAGCGCGGGAGAUCUUUGAGAGAACGGGUGGAAGACGAAGAACGGCGAACAAGUGCAGAAGUGCCGAGGAAAAUCUCCAUUCGGGAGCUGGCAGGCAGAGGCGACGGCGGUGGGGGCCUCGAGGAUAAGGCAGCGGCGGUGCGCGAGAGUGGAGACGAGAACGGAACGAAAGACUCGACGACGCGAUUCCUCGAGGCUGCCGAGCACGCUGGAUCGAGAGGUGAAGGAUGUGGCGGGGUCGGCAGGAAGGAUUCGAGACUGAAUGUCGGGUAUGCCGGGGAGAAGGUUUCUGGUGGCGAGGCAGGUGCAGAGAAAGAGAAAGACGCAGGCAAAUCGGGGGUCUCUCUGAGUCUUGCAAGUGCUCCGAGAAGGAUGAGCGCGAACAGCAGCGCGUUUUCCACUCGCCAGGCACCCGCGGGUCUGAGGUGUACAGACAGCCGAGAAGAGCGGCUCGGAAGCGGAGCACUUGUGUACAGCCGUCGUCCGUCUUCUGCGCUCUCUUCUUACUCGAUGGCGUCCGCGACUUCGGUUGAAAGGGCUCCGAGUCUGCGGCAUUAUCCACGCACCUGUCGAGGGCGGCUCGGCUUUCUCCGAGACACGCUGAAGACUCAUCCGUACGUGGUGGACAGCGGGGCGUUCGUGCGAGACUUCAUUUGCUCGCCAAUGUACCUCCCAGUUGUCCCGUACUUUACAAUUUCGCUGAUCAGGGCCGUGUACUUCAACGACGCGUCCGAGGACCUGGUGCCCCACACGCUGCGUUUCCUGCACAUCGUCCUGGGCUUUGUGUUUGUCGCGCCGCCGUUUGCCGGACUCGUUGCGGACUCCUGCGGCAUCAUCGUUUGCAUGUUGUUGAUCAACACCUGUGGGACGCUGGUGAUCGUCGCGGCGUUCGUCGCGUACCAAGCCGAAGUCCUUUUCUUCGAGUACCUCGCCUCCUUCAUGUUCAUGUUGAACAUGGCGCUGAUGACGAAUCAGGUGUACUUCUACGUCGCUGACACAUUUCCUCAGUGCCAUCUGGGCAAGCUUUGCGGCUUCGCAUGCACAGUCGGCGGCGUGAUCUCGCUCUGCGUGACUGCGAUGUUCGAGUUCUCCGUCAAGCACGAGGGCGGCUUCACGAUCAUGCUCAGUCUGCUGUGCGCCCUGUCGGUGGUCACCUACCUCCUCAUCUGGAUGCUGCAGGCGACGGGUGCGAGGACGCGCAGAAGAAAGACUUCCCUCGCCGGACACCCCCAGGGUGACAGCGAAGAGACCGACCACAGACCCGGCACAGCGGCAGGGCCGCGGACGGAGUCUCCCACAGAGUCGCCGAUGGCGGGGACGCAGGCGCCGCUCUCGAGAGACUCCCAGCCGAUCAAGAGCCUCUCUGCAACCUACGGCCUGGCGUCCGAUUCCGUCUGAGAAAAACGUUCUCCUCGGUCUCGGAGACGAACCGAAAAAUGUGGUGAGGACAGAGCGCAUGCUCGACUCAGUGUUGUUUAACAUGAGGGAUGUUGGGCGGGCGCUUGAGCAGUCGGAACUUUUUCGUAGCUCUCGUGUACUAUUUGCAUGCUCGGUCGAGAGCAGAAAACGCGCUGCCUGCAACCCUGUCGCCACGGCGACCUGUACAGCCGCAUGCAGCGACGAAAAAAACCGGAGAGUCUGAGAAUAUUUGACCAGCAUAUCAAAGUCCAACUCGUUUUUCGUGGAUUCGAAGAGAGAGUGGACAUCUGCGAGGUGUCGCAGCUCGCGGAAACAGAGAAAGCGACCUUCCCUCGCUCCGAACACGAAUGUACAUGCAUGCAGUUCAGAGAGCAGCGCCCACAGCUAGAAGGGGGCGGUCUUCUGUGGCUCUUCCCUUUUCGUACGCGUUUCCGAAGACGCGUUCCACGCGCCCGAGGACAGUGAUUCUUCCUGCACUCGCGCUUGCUUUGACGCUCCAGGCGCCGAGACUUGCUGGCGGUGCGUACACGUCGGCACAAUCGACUGCCUUCGCAGUUUUGAACACUGCAAGGCCCGCGAGUGUCUCUGCUUGAGGCCGCGUGAGAGAUGGGAGAAUACGCCGAACGCGAGGAACGUUUUGCGUUCCUGUUGUUGCGAUCGGCGCGUCUCCUCUGCCGACCUGCGCGUAUGCGCAUCUCUGGAGAGAAACGCAUCCUUCUCGCCGAAAAGGGACGCGCAGUGUCCAUGUCUCUGUUUUCGAUGACGCUUCUCUACAGGACGAACCUGUUUUCCGCGUCUCUUGAUCGUGCAGCGGCCGGGGUCUGCAUCCCGUCUAUAAAACGGCCGUCCAGCUUCGGUGCAGAGAGACUUGCGAAAAAAAGCUUUGUCUACCGAUGUGGCGUUGAGGGAGCUCAAGCGAACCAAAUGUGAGAGACAGUGUUCUAGAAAGCAGAGUGAGACUCGCCGAAACAGUACGUUUCCUUUUGUUGAACGCAAGACCCACCCCAGGUCUCCGGCGUGUAUCUCUGGAGCUCAGAAGUGUACGUACAUGUAACAUGAGAUCCAUUUACGUAUUUAUACGCAUUUACUUGUGUCCGACUCGCGUAAUGUUGUUUGCUCCAUUUCUGUGAAGACUCCAGAGAGUUCGUUUCGCGCGCGGAAAAGUCGGUCUUGUUUUUGAGCUCUCGACUUCAAGAGCGAAGCGCGACAGAGAACACGAGCGAGCAAAAAGAGAAAACAACAAUCAGGUGACACUCUGAAACCCCGAGACGAAAAACAGAUUCCCCUCUC